UGAUAAAUAUGAUGAGAGUCCACCAGAAGGUAAACUUAGGAGUUGUUCUACUAUUUAUUCUGACCGGCCCCACUAUUGGGUUCAACACUACAGACGGUUCCAGACUGGUAGACAGACGGCAGUUCGCUCUCAAGUUCGGGGAUACAUUGGAGGAUUUCAUCAUGUUCCAGCCCGAUAUGUCACCUCUACAAAACGCGCUAACAGUCUGUUCCUGGGUUAAAUCGCUGUCCUCUAAUAUCCGUCCUACCUGGCUAUCUUAUGCUACCAGUUCUCACCAACACGAAAUAUGGAUCUCGGAUAAUGGUGAUAGGAACUACUUUCUGGACUCCAGCUUAGACUUGAGCAGCGAGAUAAACCCCUCUAAAGGAACAUGGUACCACUACUGUACUUCCUGGAGUACAUCGUCCAACACUAGAAAGGUAUACUUUAACGGGGAACUUGUUGGACAGGGUGCCACGCCGUCCAGAACUUUUGGAUUGGAUGGAUUCCUUUUCUUCGGUAAUGAAAAUCAUUAUGACGGCGGUAGCAGAUCCGCAAGUGAAAUAUUUGGAGGGGAGCUUUUUAAGGUUAACUUUUUCGCAAAGGAGCUAACAGGGGAGGAGGUACUGGAGAUGAAAGAGGCAGGACUCUGCUCGGACGUGGAGGAGAGUUACGGGAGAGUCCGGUAUCUCCGAUGGGAGGAUCUGCUCCUGGAGCAGAGAAACGGGAACAUUACGGAGGUGGAACCAGGAUGUCCUGCUCGGACCUGUCCCACAGAGAAGGAGGAGACAGAGGAACCCACACCAGGAUCCCGGGAAGGAAGGAAUGAUGCUGCUGAGAAGAACAGGACUGAAUGUGAGUGCGAGGAGAAGAAGGAGAUAACUCAGUGGGACAUCCUGUACUCCGAGGAUAUUUUCAACCGGACACUGCCUGUGGACCUUCUGGAGAAAAUUAGAUCUUACUGGGACAUCCUUGGUAACUUUGUAGGAGUAACAAUUACUGAGAGUGUGAUAACUCAUUUCAAGAUAUUCCAAUCCUGCAGUGACUGAGAACUAACUUACCGGAGAUGAAGGAGAAUUCUCCCAACAAGGACAAUCUGCUUUAUAGUGACUGAGGAUUUAAACUUUGGACAAUCCACUUAAUUAAUUAUCCACUUAAUUAAUUAUUCCUCUCUUUAAAAAAAUUAAAAAAUUUAAAAAUUUAAAAAAUGAAAAAAAAUCCACUUAAUUGAGAUACUUUAAUAUUCAAUCCUUCUUGAUUGGAAAUGUUUUUGCAUCUUUGUUUUUACUUUAUAAA